AUGUCCGAACACAUUCCCGAGACGACUUUCAAGAACUUUUCGAAAGAACAAGCUGCUCAAUAUGCAGCGGGUCGUGGUACCUCCUAUCCUGAGCCCUUGUACCAAGCGAUCAUGGAGUAUCACGAAGGGAAACGAGAUGCCGUACUGGAUGUCGGCACUGGACCUGGUCUGGUCGUGCUAAACAUGCUGAAGUAUUGUGAGAGGGGCAUUGGCUGCGACGCAAGCACCAACAUGAUUGAGCAAGCAAAGAAGGAUGCUGCAAAGCACGGCAUUACUGACAGGACGAGCUUCAGCAUGGCGACAGCUGAGAACUGCUUCGAGGCUGUAUCAGAGGCUGGUCUCAGCAACGUAGACAUCAUUACCGUCGGAACAGCAGCACACUGGUUCGACAUGCCUCGCUUCUAUGUCGCAGCAGCCGAGUCACUGCGUCCUGGCGGCACGCUGGCAAUGUGGUGCCCGAGCUCCUUCUACGUCCACCCAUCUGUACCUCACGCAGCGGAGCUCCAAGCUGCCCUCUCACACCUCGAGGACGUCUAUCUCAAGCCGUACAUGCAACCCGGCAGCCUGCUAGCUCGCUCAGGCUACGACGACCUACCAUUGCCUUGGAGCACCGAGGAGACAAGCUCGCUGUUCGAUGAGAAGACCUUCAAGCGUGAGAACUGGGACCGUAACGGCGUCCCAUCUGCUACACCGUCUGCUGAUGGUACACCAGCGCCAUUUCUACUUGCCCAGGAAUUCAGUACCAAGACCGUAAGCAUGGCGUUUGCCUCCUCGAGCCCAGUCGUCCGAUGGCGAGAAGCCCAUCCGGAUCAGGCCUUCACGGAAGAAGAUCCGGUCAUGCGGACGGUGCAAGUCAUGAAGGAUAUCCUGGGAGAGGAUGCGAAAGUCGUGGCUGGGUCUUCCUUGUCACUUCUGCUAUUACGCAAGAACUAG